UUCAAAAACAAAGAUGGUGGAGCGCGUUCAGUUGUUUUUGCAAUAACUUGCUUUAACUUCUUAACGGUUUGACCGAUUUUAACAAAUUUGGUAUCGUUGAAAAGAGCAUUCCUUGGGCAAUAAGAAUCAACCAAAAUAUAGUUGAUUUAGUUGAAUCCUUUUUCGCCUGGGGGCUAGCUUUGACACCAUCACCCAAAAUCCUAAAAAAAUCAAAAAAAUCAAAUGGAAUGAUAUGACUUUUUCUUUAUGAAAAAGUAGCCAAAUAACAUCCAAAGAGGCCAGUGAAAACCGUUUGUCAAAAUGUCUUUCCUAACCGCAAAUAUUGGGAAAAUAAGGAAAAAAAAACGCAUCCCGAACGUAAUAAGUCACUUUAAUAUUAUAGGUAGGCCUUGAAAAAUGAAACAAAUGAAACAUGAUGCAUUAUAAAAUAAUAACAGCUGUCAUUUGCUGUGUUGUUGUCAUUGUUAUUGUCAUUAUUCUGCUGUGUUACAUUCAGAAACUGUAGUUAUUUGAAUUUUGAAUCUUUUCUGCAAUGCCGAUUUCUAACCAAGAAGCAUUUAAUAUGCUGGCGAUAUAUUUUGAGUGUUUGCAAAAUGCGACCAUCGCUGCCCGCGCCUUCUAUUUGCGCUAUCCGAAUCGACCACGAUACCAUCGCCGCGUGUUUGUGCGUUUGGCCCAGCGCCUGUUAACAACAGGUAGCAUCCAUAGACCUGCCAUGAUUAGAAAUAGGCAAAAUAACGAACAAAAUGUAGUUAAUGUCCUGGCAUCUGUAGAAAUCAAUCCCCAAAUUAGUACUAGAGAGAUUUCUCGAGACUUGGGUAUUCCUCAAAGUACGGUUCACCGCAUUCUUCGAACCCAUAGGCUACAUCCCUACCAUAUCAACUUACACCAAGCCCUUUCUCCUCCGGAUUUCGACCAAAGGCUAGAUUUUUGCCACUGGCUACUAAGCAUGAUAGCAGAAAAUCCUCAAUUUCUUUCAACUGUGUUGUGGACUGACGAAGCCACCUUCAAUAGCAAUGGGCACUUAAACUUACAUAAUAUGCACUUUUGGGCCCGAAAUAAUCUGCGCUGGCUUGGACAAGUUCAGCAUCAAGGGAGAUAUAGUGUAAAUGUUUGGUGUGGGAUAAUUGGAGGGCGGGUUGUUGGUCCAUAUAUUUUGGACGGCGCAUUAAAUGGUCUAACAUACCUACAUUUCUUAGAAAAUGUUCUUCCAAUUUUAAUGGAAGAUAUUGCGCUGAACGUGCGCCAAAAUAUGUUUUUCCAGCAUGAUGGUUGCCCCGCCCAUUAUGCUCUUGCUGUUCGCCAGUAUUUAGAUGCCACCUUCCCUGACCGUUGGAUCGGAAGAGGAAGCCUAUUCCCUUGGGCGCCAAGGCAAGUAUUUAACACAAGAAUCUUUAGACGUUGCCUAUUUGGAAUGAUUCUGUUUAUAAUUGCACACGUAUUAAAACUUAAUGAAUAUUUCUAGGUCUCCCGAUUUAACCUGCCUUGAUUUUUAUCUCUGGGGAAGGAUUAUGGAUAUAGUCUAUGCAACAAGGCCAACUUCCCGCGAGGAUAUGAUUGCAAGAAUUAGGAAUGCCAUCUUAAAUAUCCCAAUAGCUGAAAUUGAAACUGCUGUUUCUUCAACUCAUCAGCGUCUUCAGAUGUGCGUCCAAAAUGACGGAGGCUAUUUUGAACACCUGGGUCGCCAUUAGAUCACUUUCUUGUUCCUUUCAUGUUUCAUUUGUUUCAUUUUCCAAGGCGUACCUAUAAUAUUAAAGUGACUUAUUACGUUCGGGAUGCGUUUUUUUUCCUUAUUUUCCCAAUAUUUGCGGUUAGGAAAGACAUUUUGACAAACGGUUUUCACUGGCCUCUUUGGAUGUUAUUUGGCUACUUUUUCAUAAAGAAAAAGUCAUAUCAUUCCAUUUGAUUUUUUUGAUUUUUUUAGGAUUUUGGGUGAUGGUGUCAAAGCUAGCCCCCAGGCGGAAAAGGAUUUAACUAAAUCAACUAUAUUUUGGUUGAUUCUUAUUGCCCAAGGAAUGCUCUUUUCAACGAUACCAAAUUUGUUAAAAUCGGUCAAACCGUUAAGAAGUUAAAGCAAGUUAUUGCAAAAACAACUGAACGCGCUCCACCAUCUUUGUUUUUGAAAUGGCUGAUUUUUUUAUUUUACGAAAAUCAUAGAUAACCUGGUUCUCUUUAAAAAUGUAAAAAAAAAAAAUUUGGUUGUUAUGCGAAAUUUAAAGAAAAAUGCAA